AUGACAUCCUCUAGUGCCGUAGAGGACGAACGACUAACUGACUCGGAUUUAUCCGAUGAUGAGGAGCGCAAAGAAGAGGUGAAACCAGAGGAGAUUCGUCCGGAUACGCCGCAUCCAACUUACAGCGAUGAGGAGCUUAAUCAACUGGUCGAGUAUAUUCAGCGUAUGACUACCCUGUACUCACUUAAUCAACGAGAUUGGCAUGAACAAUCGCUGGAUAUCAUAAGACGCUGGCUCCUUGAGGUUAACGAGCCUCUGCUAACUAUUUUUUAUAAACGAAACAAGCUGACCUCAUAUCUGGGAUUCCCCUCAGAGCCUGUGGAUGAUAUAAGCUACUUUCUGCGCAAUGAGCCCAAUGAGAUUUUCAGUGUUGAUGGAUUCCACGACGAGAUUCACUUUGGCACCGUGCACAGUGAUGUGGAUGGUUGUUUAAUGUAUUUGCUUGAGAGAUUCUAUGCGCCAAUAUUUCGCAACUACAACGAUUGGAACGAUAGUGUACGUGCUCGCUUCUGUGCCAGCCUUGACAAGCUAUUGGCAUUUCUCUAUGCCAUGAACUCCAAAAUUGGCGGCAUAACGAUUCUCUAUGUGCCAUUUGUGCUGCACCAGAUAGGCGGCGAGCAUAUUGUCUGCGAUAGACCCUUAUUCAAGAAUCUCGAAAGCAUUGCCGUCUACUGGACAACGCAGAUUCGCACGCUCCUGGGAGAUCGGACUCUGGUCGUGCCCAAUGACUUGGCCACAGUGCGUGAUGAGUUCGAGUUUUGGGAAUAUCGCUUAGAAGUGCUGCAAGGUCUGAAUUCCCAGCUGGUUCAGUUUGAUGUGCAGCGCAUCUUCAAGGUGCUGCGGCAGUGGCACUCCGUGCACAUGCCACAAAUCGAGCAACUGGUUGAGGCAGCUAAGCUGGAGGAGGCACUGGCCAAGUCCAACAUCAAAUAUCUCAAUUUGCUUGUGGCGCCCUGUGCCAAAAUAGAUGAGGCAGCGACUCCGACGGGUGUGACUCAACUCCUGCCACAUAUCAUUCACCUCAUGCACUUCAUUUGGCUGCAUUCGGAGCACUACAGCAGCUGUGAACGGAUCACGAUCUUGUUUCGGAAUCUAAGCAAUCAGAUUAUUAAAUACUGCACGGAACAGAUAAAGCUGGAGGAGAUUCUGGCGGGUCGUCCACGUUUUGGCAUUAAAAUGUGUAAUCUGUCGAUGGAGUGUUGUCUGGCGUACAUGGAGCAUGUGACUCAGCAGCAGGCGAAAGCUGGCUGGAAAUUGGAAGAGGGCAUCAUAUUCAACCAUGUGAAUGCAUUUAUGGAGCGUCUCGGUGAUCUUAUGGAUAUAUGCGAGUCGAUGAUUGUGUUUGGGCGUCUGGAUGAAACGGAGAACAUUGAGAGGGCGCAAUUUAGUGGCACCAACGGCGAGCAGCUGGAAAAGAUUGCGUCAAGUGUGGAGCAACAGUUUUUGCAGGCACUCAAUCAACUGAGACGUUGCGGUUCCAAGGAUCUCAUGUUGAAUGUGCAUCGUGGCGAGUGGUACGAACAGGUGGCAAGUUAUCGACGCAACGUGCAACAUAUGGAGGAGACACAGCAGCGUCUCAUCUCCAAUGUCUUUCGGCGUGUUUGCAACGUGGAGGAGGCUUUGGAGACGCUCAAUGUGAUGCUAUAUUAUUCGUACCAUGCCACGUUGCGGCAAUGUUACCUGCGAAAGGUGAGCUACGUUUGGCAGCUCUUCAGCGAGGAUAUGGAUGCCACAACUAGGCAACUGCUCCAGGAGCGUGGCAAGCAGCAUGAAUCCUGGCUGCCCCAGCAUGUAUCCCGGGCUCUCGCUUAUCGCAUCAACUUGGAGCGUUUGACAGGGAUCUACAGUCGUCUGGUGAGAAGCAACAACGCCUGGCUGCCAGCUGUGCCCCAAGCACCUGGAGUCAUUGCCAAGUUCGAGCUGCUGCGCUCGGAUUUCGAGCGGGAAAUGCAGAACUCGUAUGAGAAUUGGCAGCAAUCUUAUGCCAAAGGUGGUGCCAAUCUCUGCCAGAAACUUGAUCGUCAUCUGUUGAUGCGUGGCAAGCAGCCCAAGGCACUGCUGCAGUGCAACAUGGAUCCCAGCAUCUUGGACAUUAACUGGCAGGCCGAGCACUUUGAGCGUCUCUCUUUUGCAGUCCCUGCUCCAAUUCGUAAGAUCUACGACCGUUACGAGGUUCUGAGAUAUGCGUACAACAGCGUGUCGCAGCUGUGUCUGGAGUACAAUCGCAUCAUGAACGCUUUGACGGAUCGGGAGCGCAAAUUGUUGCGGCCAUUGAUCUCGUCCUGCGAUCGCCAACUGGCUCCUGGAAUUUACAAGCUGACCUUUGGCGCCAUUGUCGAUCCAAGCGAUGGUUACUCCCAGUGGCUGGAGGAUUCUAUGCAGCAUAUUGACUAUCUUCGCCAGAUUGUCGAGAUUUACAAGCGUGCCAAUCGUCAAGUAGUUCGCAAUUGUGAGAAGAUUUGUGAUACCGUUAUGAUCCGGUUGAGUUUCAGUGGCGCCGUCGAUAUCUCCGUGCUUGAGCAGCAGCUGAGUAGCUGGCUGAACCGUGGAAACAACUCUCUGCGGAUGCACUACAACAACAUCGUGGAGCUAAUGCUUGCCGUGUCACGAGAGUUUGAGGAUGUCAGAGAUGAGCUUCCCCGAGAGUGGUAUCAGUAUGUGAAUGUCUUUGACGAUAUGUUGGCCAGCGCGUUUCUGAGUUGCAUUCGCUGUUCCUUGGAGUGCCUGCAGAGUGCGCUUCAUUGCGAGGAGGAUAUGCCGCCCAUGCCCAUUCUCGUUAUGGAAUCGGAUAUUCAAGACUCUCAGAUUGUAUUUACACCCGAUAUGCAGAUAAUUGGUCGAGUGCUGCGUGGCAUUAUCGAUCGUGUAAACUGUUUGGUGGAUCAGUUUCCACGUCUGGGCCAUAAGCUAAAGUUGCCUAAGGACCAGCGAAGAUCAGGAUUCGCCAGAGUGUUCCGCGAGGAUGUUGAAUGCAUGGAAGUGGUGCGCAGCAUUGAGGCAGAAAUUGCCAGGCAACAUGAGCAGAUUGCUGAUUAUGUGGCACAUUGGCGGCAAUAUCAUGCGCUCUGGGAGAUGACGGAUGAGGCAUUCACCCAACAAUUGUUGUCAAGUGCCAAAACUGCUGGUGUCUUUGAGGGUGGCAUUGAGUACUACAGUUCACUGGCCGAUGACAUUUCCUUUGUGGAUGCCAUUGCCCAUGUGCAUUUUGUACUCAUCAAUCAGAAUCCCAUCAAGAGUACCCUCCUAGAUUGGAUCGAAAAGUGGCAGGCUCUAAACAUUAAAUUUCUUUUAGAUCAUGCAAGUUCCUUGAUACAGUCUCUCUAUCGCUAUAUGGAACGCAAUGAGCACAAGGUGAUGCAGGUACCACGUACACUGCGAGAAUCCGCAAUUGCCCAGCAGCUUUUCGAGCGUCUUAUCAAAGCUUUGCCCCUGAAACAAACUAGAUUUACGCCCAUGCUGGAGCUGUUUGUAUUGCUUCAUAAAUAUCGGGUCACAAUGUCGGACCAAACACAUCGGCAGAUCAUCGAGCUGGAGGCCAAUUGGCUUCAUUACCUGCAAACUCUGGGCGAGGCGGAUGAAAUGCUUGACAACGAACAGGAUGACUAUAAACUUGUACUGGCGCAGCAAACUGACAAGUUUAAGCUCAUCGUAAAGGAAUUUCAUGAAGAUUUCUUUUCGAAAUUGCCCAAAAAAUAGGAUACUAUAUGAAUCAGUAAAAACACUUGAA